UAAUCAACUAGUAAUUGAAAAAGCAGCCAACAAAUUAUUGGAGAGAAAAUGAGAUAGUGUGAGGGAGAAGUAGUGAGAGAGAGAGAGAGAUUGAGAAUGGCGGACGCAGCAGUAGAAUUCCUCUUGGAAAACCUAAAGCAACUUCUAGUCCACCACGCAAAUCUGCUGAAAGACGCCAAGGAUCAAGUAGAGAAGCUCGAGAACCAUCUCCGCCUCUUCAAAGCUUUCCUCAAAGACGCCCCCAAGCACUGGAGGGACGACGACAAGCUGCGCGAGCUCAUCCGCCGCAUCCGCAACGCCGUCUACGAGGCCGAGGACAUCAUCGACGCCUACGUCACCCAGUCCGCCGAGAACAAGAGCAAAGGCUACUUUCAUCGAGCCUUCCAGGGCCCCCCCAAGACCCUCAGCAUCGCCACCAAGGUCGAAUCUGUGCUUCAGAAGAUCGAUGAUAUCUACAAGGAUAAGAACAAUAUCAUCGAUUUCGUCAACAUCACUGUUCAAGAUGCCGCCGAUCACCACGACGACCAGGCCCCUCAAGUUAGGGAAACGAAUGUGGUGGGUUUUGACGACGAGGCCAAAAAACUGAAAGAAUAUCUGUAUGCGGAAUGCGAGGAGCUUGAGGUGAUCACUAUUGUUGGAAUGCCUGGGCUUGGCAAGACGACGUUGGCAAGGAAGAUCUUCCGCGAUCCAAAAAUCCAGUACGAGUUCCCCACACGUAUAUGGGUGUAUGUAUCGCAAGAGUUCAAAAGGAAGGAUAUCUUUCUGGCCAUUCUCAAAGAGUUCACCGGACUCACUGAUGACAUCAAAAGCAAUUCCGACAAGGACUUAGCCGACAUGGUGCUCAGCUACCUGGAGACCGGAAAGUUCCUGCUGGUCAUGGAUGAUGUGUGGAGUUGUGAGGAUUGGGACAAACUUCUCAUUGCCUUGCCAAAGGGAAAUCCUAGGGGUAAAGUCAUCAUCACUAGUCGUCAGCAGGAACUUGGGUGGCAUGUGAACCGUCGUAGGGGCCCUCACAUGUUGCGUUUCCUUACGCUGGAGGAAAGUAAGUUGCUUCUGCAGUUGGAAGUCUUCCAAGAGCCCAAGUUCCCUCGGGAGCUGGAAGCUGAAGGAAGCCUCAUCGCAGAGCGAUGCGAUGGCCUUCCUCUUGCAAUUGUAGUCAUUGGAGGUAUCCUUGUCAAGAAGUUUUCAGGGGACACGUCCGCCAUGAAAUCUACUUGGCAGGAUGUCUCUAAAAGCUUCGACACCUACCUCAAGGACGCGGACGCGGGCAAACGCAUGGAAAAUAUUAUACUGUUAAGCUAUGAGAAAUUGCCUUACCACUUGAGAGAGUGCUUUCUUUACUUCGGAAUGUUUCCAGAAGACUAUGAAAUCUCUGCCUGGAAACUGACUCGUCUAUGGAUUGCAGAAGGACUAAUACAACAGAAGAAUGUCAGUCUCGAAGAAACUGCAGAGAACUAUCUCGAGGAGCUUAUCAACAGAAACUUAGUCAGAGCAGUCAAGUUGAAGUUCAAUGGGAAAGUUAAGACAUGUCGGAUCCAUGACAUGCUUCGCGACUUCUGCUUAACUGAAGCUGGAAGCAGCCGGGAAGGUUUCCUGCAAGAAAUCAAGAUGUCCAAGGCUGAAGGCUUCCAGCCAUCAGUUUCAGCUUCAUCAGAACUCGGGUUUCGUCGCCUCUGCAUCCACUCCAACGUCCUGGACUUUGUUUCCAGGAAGCCCUACGGCCCUAGUGUUCGUUCAUUUGUUUGUUUCCCGAGGGAUGAAUCAAUCAUGCCUCUAGGGGACAUCUCACACAUCCCUGGAGGCUUCAAGCUUCUUCGAGUUCUAGAUGUUGAGCCAAUCAAGUUCACAAGACUCCCAAGCGACAUGUACCACUUGCUUCACCUGAGGUACCUCGUCCUAUCGGUGAGUCUAAAGUUCCUCCCAUCAACAUUUACAAAGCUAUGGAACAUCCAAACUCUGGUCGUCCGGACGGAUUCCCAAACACUCGCAAUGAAAGCAGACAUUCUAAACAUGACGCAGCUACGCCAUUUCAAAACCAACGCCUCGGCCACUCUGGCACUGGAGGGUAAAACCAGCAAGGGCGCGGGUGAGAAGAUCCAGACACUCGGGACCAUCUCACUCGAGUCCUGCACUGCGGAUGUCUUUGACAGGGCACGUAACUUGAAGUGUUUGGGCGUUCGCGGGAAACUAUCUCUGCUCCUGGACGACAAGACUGGCUCGUUCGAGAGCCUGGGAAACUUGAGCAACCUCGAGAAGCUGAAGCUGCUAAACGACGCAUUCCUCGCAUCGGGGAUGCAGCUGAGGGGACUCCCUCAGGCGUACAAGUUCCCGCCAAAACUGAGGAUCCUGACGUUGUCGGCGACAGCCUUGGAAUGGCGGCACAUGUCGAUCUUAGGGUCGCUUGAUAAGCUGGAGGUGCUGAAGCUCAAGGAUAAGGCGUUCCAAGGCGAGAUUUGGGAGGCGAACUAUGGGGGGUUUCGGCAUCUUGAGAUCUUGCACAUUGGCCGCACGGAUUUGAAGAUUUGGUUGGCUUCGCACCAUCAUUUUCCGAGGCUCAAACACCUUGAGCUCAAAAACUGUAAGGAUCUUCAGCAGAUUCCGGUUGAGCUCGCCGAGGUCCCCAGUUUCGUGAAGCUCGACGUGUUUCGGUCGGAACGAGCAGCGGCGUCGGCGAGGAAGAUAGAAGAAGCCAAGACAAAGGAGAUCAACGGCAAUGUUGCAAGGCAAUUUAAGCUUUCCAUUUUUCCUCCUGAGGCAUGACCAUUCCCAUCCUAGCAAAACAGGUUGAAGGAGUCACAGUUGUUAUUGAUGGCUGAUGAUCUAAAGAAGGCAUUUGCAUUUGCCGCCGAAGAGAGUAGAGAGAAUGUGGCCUUUGUGUUUAUGUGUUGAAUUCACAGAUAUGUGAAAUUGUGAACAUUUUUUUUACUGAAUAACGGUUUUCUUAUUCCGUCGGACCUUUGUUUGUAGAUUUCUUUUCAAGAUUUGCAUUGUAAUAAUGUCUAUUACUUCAACAAAUUUUAGAUGCAUAUUUCACAUUUUUAUAUUUA